AUGACCAACCAAGAAGAGGAUGCGGUGCUUGCGGGAGACCCUGGAGGAAUUGGAGGGGGAAUUGGCGGAGCUGGAGGCCAGGGCUGGCCGUGCUGCUGCAUGCUCACCCGAGGACACUGCAACAGCCACGGUUGCCUCACCCAGAUCAGAGGUACAUGGCAAGGCUUGCAAGGCGAGGCUUGCAAGGUGACGCUCAGGGAACUGUAUAGCGGACGGCAUCGACUUGCUGCCUCAGACCCCUUGGCGGGAUGCGCGCAACUCAUUGGAAAGGAGAUCUGCGCGCAUCUUGUUGGAAAGCAUAUCUGCGCGCAACUCAUUGGAAAGCAGAUCUUCUACCGCGCACGCGCCGCUCAGCGCACCAAAGAUUGGGGGGGUUUAAAGCGCAUGCAGUCACGAUCGAGUCACAAUUCAGCAGAUUGCUGCUCAAUCACGCGCGCGCGCGAGGAAGAGGAGAUGGCCGACAACCCAGAUGAGAUGCCGCCACGGUGGACUCACCACCAGCAGAGCCUGCACCGCAAGCACCGACAGCACCAACAGCUGUGGCCAGAGAGACGACCUUAUCAUCCACCCAGCCCUCAGCCGCAGAACCAUCCAAGACCAAAAAAGUCUCUGAAGCCUAGAGCAAGCAAGAAGAAAAAGAAUCCUGCAGCCCCUGACUCAAGUCAGAUGCCGAACAAGGAUGGGUGGUUUGACAGGCUUGUAACAUGA